UCACUUCUCUCUCACGUCCUUCGCUGCCUCCCUUUCCGCGCUUCCUCCAAUCAGGCAGCACGCAACACCCGCGAAGUUCGCGCCCAAACAGGACAGUAUGUGCUCAACAGCUGCUAUUGCGUAGCCUUUUCCCUUGUCUGCCAGUUAUUUAUUGAUUUGCAGAACAUUCAAGAACUGUACUCUGUUUAUUCUCAACAAUUACGCGAUCAGCUCAGCCAUGUAUGUAUCUGAUCUACAAGCUGGUUUUUACAAUGAACUUUUACAUGAAAGGGUGCUUAUGCUCGUCGCUACGGACGUCGAUGCGCUUGCUGCGUGUCGUAUCCUUCAAUACCUUUUCCAUGCUGACAACAUUAGAUACACGUUAGUACCUAUUGCACGAAAGUCGGACGUUGCCACCGCAUAUCGUGAGCAUGGUGAAGGCAUCUCAUACGUUUUGCUCAUCAACUGUGGAGCAACAUGGGACAUCUUGGAAGAUUGCAAACCUAGCAGUGAAAACACGGUUUUCUUUAUUGUUGACAGCCAUCGCCCAAUCGAUGUGUACAACGUCUACAAUCCCAGUCAGAUACGGCUGCUUAUGCAACCGUCGGAACAAGAAUCAGUUCCAACCUUUGAUGAACUGUUUCGAGAAGACGAAAUCGAAGAUUCCGACUCUGAGGAUUUGUCUAUCGAAGAAAUAGCGGACAAGAGACGUGAACGUCGUCUCUGGGAAGAGCGACGAAACCAGCUUAUCUUCGAUUAUACGCAGUUCAGUUACUAUGGACCGUCGUCAGCAGUCACCAUGUUUGACCUCUGCUGGAAAAUGUCGAGGGGAACAAAUGAUGUCCUGUGGUGUGCAGUUAUAGGCCUUUCUGACCAGUAUAUCAACGGCAAAAUUGAGCAUGACAAAUAUGUAUUGGACGCUGGUAACCUUCAAGCACACAUAACACGUUACAGCCUAUCCGAUGCCAAUGGAGGUGCAGAGUCCAGUACAAGUACCGCUCCUAUGAACACUGUAAAUAUUUCCUUCGACUGUGAGCUGCAACUCCUCUUGUACCGUCACUGGUCCCUGUUGGAAAGCCUACAGUACACCCCUUACACAGCGUGCAAAUUUAAACUUUGGAGCUUGAAAGGCCAGAAGAAGCUGCAGGAGUUCCUAGCAGAAAUCGGUCUUCCACUUUCCCAGUGCCGCCAGCGUUACGCUUGCAUGGAUGUGAACUUGCGCACCAACAUCAAAGAGUGGAUGUCCGAACUGACAGAGAAAUAUGGACUGGAUCGUCUAACGUUUGGGUGCUUUGUGGCUAGCUGUGGUUAUCGUCAUCGCUUUUUUGCAACCGAUGUCGCUCAUAGUCUUUCAGCACUCUUAGAGACAGCCUCUGACCAGACAUCAGAGAAUUUUUUCCAUGCAUUAGACGCACUGUCUUGGUCUAAGCUCGACAUCCUGAAGGGCGGCAUCGAGGAAGCAAAGACACAAGCAGUGGCAGUUUUUCGCCAAGUCCGUACGUUUCUUGACAUGCAUCAUGUUAUUUCUGCAGGACCCUUUCUGUACGGCGUUGUGCAAGAUGGUGUUCCCGACAGCUGGAGGUUCGGUCACCCUACACACCUCAUUCAGCUCGCGAGAUUUCUUCUUCAAGCUCAUGUUGCUGCCAGUAAAAACCGAAGGGUUGUUAACUUGCCUCUUGUACUUACAGCACAAGCGUCAAAUGACACCAAUUUCAGCAUAGUAGUUGGAAUUCCUCCCAUAUCUGAGGAAUCCCCAAAAAACUUUUUUGGUAGAGCCUUUGAACAGGCUAGUUCCUCGGGACACUGCACAUUUCAUGCAGAUUUCCUUGAUGCUUCAGUUGCUACGAUACACACAGAAGAUAGAAGUAAAUUCUUUGAUGCAUUAUUGCGGUUGUUAUGCUGAUGUGAUUAGAGGUAAAAUUGUGUGUUCUAGUAUCAAACUACAGAUUUAAUGUAACUGCAUUUUGAAUAUAGCAUAUUUAAGUAAUGAAUACUUUUCAGGGCCCAUCAUAUGUACAGACCUGUACUUUUUGUACGCGAAACUUUUACCAGGUAUCGGAUAGUUGCUUCAUCUUAUCAAGCUCAAGUGUAUUGGAUAGUGGUCAUCGUGCAGAUACUUUUCAUAUUAUUCCCAUGUAUUUUCAUUUUUAUUGUGAAUGUUCCCCUGAGUAUUGACCAAUAAAUAUGAUACUUAUGGCAUUUAAUAAUAAGUACAUGAAUACCUUAUCUUUUGUUGUUCAACAUUAUAGAGCAUGCUACAGUAAAAAUUCAGUGUUCCCUUGAUAAAACAAUUGCAAAAACGUUUCUGACGUGCCUUGUACAUCAUCAAAUGUGUACAUCAAUAAAAGAAUGUGUACACAA